AUUCUAUCUGACACUGUUUGAAGAUGGAAGCAACAGGAAAUUCUACCAAGAAAGCUCAGAAAAAGAGAGGGAGGAAAAGAAGGCGCAAUGCCGCUAGAGAAGACAAUGAAUAUGUCGAAAGCGUCAAGGAGGUCAGGAAACUCAAAGAAAAAUUCUCGUCGUCAAAGAGGAAGGCAAAAGAUGAUGACAUGGCUUAUUUGAAGGUGAGCAGCUCGUCUGUGCCAAAAAUAAGAAACUCGGAAACACAUAACAAUCUAUUAAAGCGAGCUGAGGAAGCGCAAAUAAAUCGAAUCUUCCAGAUCGAUAUCAGGCCAGAUGCUUUACAAACGCUGUGGAUGUGCGCCUUAUGUCAUCAGCGAUCUGCACAAGAUGAACUUGGCGACUUGUUUGGCCCUUACUAUGUGAAUAUUCGACCGGAGGGGCAGUGGCCCAGUUUUCUCUUCAAGAAAUCUUUAAAGGUGACUUUUUUGAUUUCACAUCGAUAA